AUGCUGUUGUCUGCUGUGGCCGCCGCGCCCAGCCCCAGCUCCAUCGGCUUUGUGCUAGCUGCUCUGGUGCUGGCCUUCUUGCUAUGGCAUCGCCUGAGUCGCCCUCUCGCGACCAUGAGGGGGCCGAGAGGCUACCCCUUGAUCGGGAUCGGGCUGACCCUGCCGCCCCGGGCCACCGAGGUGUUUCGACAGUGGGCGCUCGAGUACGGGGAGGUCUUCAAGAUGCGCGUCGGAUGGUACAACUGGGUGGUGAUCAACAGCCCGGAGGCUUUCAAGGAGAUUCUGGAUCGGCAGGUGAAUCAGUCGCAUUCGACGUCGUCCAAAAUCCCGGCGCCGAUCGGCCAUGAUGUCGCGACGGGAAACAUGCGCCUCUUCACCAUGCCUUAUGGCCCCAAGUGGCGCAGUCACCGGACGAUCAUGCAUCAACUGCUCUCGCCGAAAAUGACUCUUACUUUUGUCCCGACCCAGGAGUUCGAAGCAAAGCAGUUCCUGUACCAACUGGCGUUUGACAACGCCGACCAGGCCAAAUGGGCCCAGCAUGUACGGCGCCUGUCCUUCUCCAUUGUCAUGACGUCGACCUACGGACGUCGGAUUGAUAGCGGGGAUCAUGAGGAUCUGCGCAUCGCUGCUGAAACGUCGAAAUCCAUGGCCAAGAUCAGUCGUCCGGGCGCCUUCAUCGAGGACGACUUUCCAUUUCUGGCGAAACUGCCUCAUUGGCUGCAACCCUCCCGCAGAGCUGCCAAAGAGCACUAUAAGAUUAUUCGGCGCGGGAAGAUGCGGGCUUGGGAGCGAUUACGAGCAGAACUGGAGGCGGGGAAAGCGCCUCCCAGCUUCGGGAGAAGUUUGAUGGAAAGCGACUACAAAUCACAGGGCCUGACCGAUGAAGAUGCAGCUUGGAUUGUCGCUGGUCUCGUCGAAGCAGGCGCGGAGAUUACUGCGGUCGUGAUCCAAACGCUCAUCCUGUUCCUUGCGGCGGCGCCAGAAGCGCAGGAGCGAGCGAAUGAAGAACUGACGAGAGUGGUAGGCUCGGAGCGCCUGCCACGCUUCGAAGACCUGCCUGACCUGCCUUAUGUGCGGGCCUGUGUGAAGGAGACGAUGCGGCGAGCACCGGUGACGACCCUGUCCAUGAAACAUUUUACGGACCACGAAGUUGUCUACAAAGAACACCGGAUUCCCAAAGGCACGGUGGUCUUUGCGAACACGUCCUUUCUGCACCAUGAUCCCUCUCGGUAUGAGGAGCCAUUUGCGUUUAAGCCGGAGCGCUAUCUCAACCACAACCGUUCCUCUGCCGAGUACGCGGUCGCGGCAGACCCGUAUCAGCGGGAUCAUUUCACGUUUGGCGCGGGCCGGCGCAUCUGCCCGGCAACGCGGCUGGCGGAGAACACGCUGAACAUUGCGGCGGCGCAUCUGCUGUGGGCAUUCGAGAUCCGACCACCGCUGGAGGUGGACUCGGAGGGCAAGCAGGUCGAAGGGCAGGUUGAUACGAGCGAGGACGCGUUCGAGCCGGCCGGAGGGUUCCAGGCGCCCAAGCCGUUCCGCGUGCGGUUCGUGGGGCGCAGUCCGGAAAGGAUACAGCUGGUGAAGGAGCAGUGGGAGCUGGCCGAGAAAGUGGGCUAUCAGCUGCGCGGCCUGACGGUGGAUGCAGAAGGCGUGGCGGCGUCAUGA